GUCAAUGGUGAAGACAAAGCCCGAGUAAUCGUACUGCCAAGUCAGCAACAAGCUGCAGAAGAAUUGUUAGAAAUGCUCGUCUUGUGCACAUUGUGCUUUGAUGAAUGUGAACGAUACGGCUUGUGUUUCAAUGGUGUCCAGCCAGCCCCUCUCCCAGUAAACGUGGACAUGGUUUUCGUUGUUGAUGACUUGCAGCAGAUGAACUCUACACAGUCAGAAACAGUUCAGCAUUUUGUUACCUCAAUGGUUGACACAUUUCUGAGCACUACAGAACCUACAGCCUCUGGUCUUCAUCCCCGGGUGGCUUUGCUACAACACACAUCAAGUUACUCUCCAAGAUAUGGGAAAGAUCCAUUUACCCUAGACUUUAGAGUUCUGGAUUAUGCCUCAAAAACGCUGAAGAAGAGACACCUCCAAGAGCCAGUCAGUCGACCAGAGGGCACCACUGGCAUUGCCAGCAGCAUUUCAUGGAGCUUGAAGAAUUUCUUCUCAAACAUCACAAAUCCACAAGCUUACAAGGUUAUCCUUACAAUAUUUUCAAGGGAAACAAGUAUUGAUGGGAAGAAAUUAUUGGACAUAUCACAAGAAGCCAAAUGUAAGGGUUUCACGAUAUUUGCACUGGCCCUUGGGGAGGUAUCUAAUGUCACAUUCCUGGAGGAGUUUGUCAGUUUUCCUUUUGAUCAACAUUUGGUUCACCUGGAUAAGGGCCUGGAGGCUGAAAUCGAAUACGCACAAAAGUUUGCAGUGGCUUUUCUAAAAAACUUACCAACUGAAAUCAACAGUUACCCCCCUCCAGAUCUAGAGAAGAAGUGCAGAGGAAUAGAGUCUCAGGAGACAGUAAAAGAAGCAGAAAAAACACCGUCCUAUAAUAUAGAACUGGUGGUUGUAGCAGAUGAAAUUGAGCAACCUUCGAGUUACACCAACAAUAACG